CAGUCCUUGGUAAGAGAAAAUGAGAGAUUCGACCAAGACUUGAAAGUUGCAACAUUCAUCUGUUGAGUUAAAUGAACCUGGAAGUCAAUGCUGCGCUCUAGGACAACUACAGUAUCUCCCAGCGGGUGGCCGAGAGACUGCAGACAGAUGUUCGGAAACUAAAAGGCUGGAGGGUCUGGAGGAACGGAACCCCACCGCGAGAGUAGCAAGGACUAACGUAAUGGCCACACGGCUCCAUCCCCUCCCGAAGGGGUGGACACCAAGUGGGUCCGCCCCUCCCCGGUCGCUAAGCAACCAGCCCCGGAAGUCGCGAGUCGGGGGCGGGCCCCGAGAGCGGGCGGAAGAUGGCGGAGGGCGGUCGCGCGGAGCCGGAGGAGCAGGAGAGGGGGUCCUCGAGGCCACGGCCCCCGAGUGCGCGGGACUUACAGUUGGCCUUGGCAGGACUGUAUGAAGAGGAAGUGAAAUGCAAGUCUUCCAAGCCUGACAGACCUACAGCUGCAGCCUGUAAGAGUCCGCGAACACUGCCCCAUCGACUUUAUUCAGGUGAACAGGAAUAUGGUGGAUUACAUAUAGUUCAACCUCCAACUGGGAAAAUUGUGAAUGAACUUUUCAAAGAGGCAAGGGAACAUGGGGCCGUCCCUCUAAGUGAAGCUACAAGAUCUUCAAGUGAUGACAAAGCCAAGUCAUUUACAGGAGGAGGAUACAGAUUGGGCAGUUCCUUCUGUAAGCGUUCAGAGUACAUCUAUGGAGAAAAUCAGCUGCAAGAUGUUCAAGUUUUGCUGAAGCUGUGGAGCAAUGGUUUUAGUUUAGAUGAUGGAGAAUUGAGACCUUACAAUGACCCAACAAAUGCUCAGUUUUUGGAAUCUGUUAAGAGAGGAGAGAUUCCCCUGGAGCUUCAGCGACUGGUCCAUGGCAGCCAAGUGAAUCUGGAUAUGGAGGAUCAUCAAGACCAAGAGUAUAUAAAACCCAGAUUGCGAUUUAAGGCUUUUAGUGGAGAAGGGCAAAAACUUGGAAGCCUUACACCUGAAAUCGUCAGUACUCCUUCCUCCCCAGAAGAAGAGGAUAAAUCAAUACUUAAUGCAGCUGUUCUUAUUGAUGAUUCAGUGCCCACCACAAAAAUUCAGAUCAGAUUGGCAGAUGGAAGUCGUCUGAUACAGAGAUUCAACAGCACACACAGGAUUCUGGAUGUCCGAGACUUUAUAAUACAAUCACGUCCUGAAUUUGCAACAACUGACUUUAUUCUUGUGACUUCGUUUCCAAGUAAAGAGCUAACAGAUGAAAGUCUGACCCUACAAGAAGCAGAUAUUCUUAAUACCGUGAUACUCCAACAGCUAAAAUAGUAUUGCUCCAACCCAUGUAGGAAUAGGUAAUGUGCAUAUUAGUAAAAAUACUUCCAGCAUAAAAACAACUGAAUUAUUUUUAUUAUUCAGAUAAAUUCUGUUUUUGCUGUUGAUCUAUCUUCCAGUAUUUGUCUAGAUAAAUUUAGACUACAGAUAGAUCUUGAUGUUUGAAUUUUUAGUUGCAGGGUUGGCUUCAAUUGAUAGCUGUAAACAUCUAGGUCAACCAACUUACUGUGUGCUCAGUGUCAAUGUAAUAACGUUUGCAGAUGAAGUAAAAAGAACUCUUUUUUGAUAAAUGCAUUUGGUAAAAUUUGCACUCAAGUUUUUUAAUGCAGCAAUGAACAGUAGCUAGUAAAGAUCCCUUUCUGUAAUAUAUACCAGAAUGUCUGCUCUGAGUUUGACACUGUUUGAUCAUACAAUAACUAAGAUUUUGCAUAUUCUUUUUACAUAUUGUUUGAACUAUGUUAGUAUCAGAGAAUAUAUUUUGGCCUUGUAUUUUGUAAAAUUACAAGUAUCAUAAACUAAAUUUUAAUAGAUGUAAAAGUCAUCUGCUCUUGAGAAGACAUGAGAGACAGCACUUUAAAAUCAAGAAAUUAUAAUCCCUUCCAGAGCCUGCCUGGACCACUUUCAUUUGUUCAUUCAACAUUUUAAUGAGGGAUCUAUUACACAUAGGAACACUAUUGAAGGUAUGCAACACAGAGGGUAUUUUCAGUGUAUGAACUCUGUCUGAGAGACUGGAGCAAAAAUUACCAGCAAGAUGUUUAUGUUUUCCUUAUCCAGGCAUGUCUUAAAUGAUUCACAACAGAAAAGCAUGUUUCCCCUCAGACACCAUUCUAUCCUUAGUCACCAUUUCCAGGUAACUUUCUGUUGUUGAUGUAAGAAAAUACAGAAUUUGUGACUGAAGUAGCACAGAUUUUAUUAUCUUAAAAGUAUGUAGGUCAAAAAUUGAAAAUGAGUUCCUCUGUGCUACAAUCAGGGUGUUGGAGGGACCCUAGACAAACUCUGGCUGUUGAGCCUCCAGAGGCCACCUCUGCUCCUUGCCCGUGGUGCUCUCCCUCAUCUGACAGCCAGCACUUGCCUCCUUUGAGCCUCCUGUAGUGACACCGUUCUCUGCUUUUGAGGACAUAGAAGACGAGAGAGGAUGUACAGACGAACCCAUGGUCGCCGCCAAAUGUUAACUUAUAGUGACCUUAAUCAUCCUUCAGAGCUGCUCUUUCCAUUUCAGUUACACCUUCAUGGGAUUGGGGGCAUUGAAAAGGUUGCUGUGGUAACAGCCCACAAUAUCUCAGAGAUUCAUCUACCAAAUAAUUCACCCCGUCCAUCCAGAGGUGCUCAGAAAUCUCAAUGUAUCGAACCGACUCAAAGUCCAAAACCUUAUCUGCAUUUCAUUGGUUCGGAAGUCCCAAAUCUCAUUAAGAUUAGCUAAAUUAAGUAAAGAUUUCAUCUCGGCCUAUGACACUAAAAGCUAAUUAUUUGCUCACAGGUAAAUGUCAGGACAGCUAUAGAAUAAGCUAUGAACAUUGAUGUGUAAAAGACAGGAAACAGUGAAAAAUGGAGCCACUGUUACCAAGGAGCAUGCAAAUCCAACCAGACAUCCCAUCAACAUCUAAGGCCCAACAUUAAUGUGUGGCUCUCAUAACUUAGUCUUCUGAGUGUUGACUGUGUCGGUCAUCUUCCUCUCACAGAAGCCACACAGCUUGUUUCUUCUUCUCGUGUUGUGCUGUGUACCUUUCAUUUUACAAUGGCAACAAUCUGUCAAGAAACUUAAGGAUCUCCUGUGUGUCAUGGAGAUUGGCUCCAUUAAACAGGAAGCUCUUCCAAGCAUCUUUCUACUAACAGAAAUAAUCCCAUCACUAAUUUUUAGUUUUUCAGAGAAAACAGAACACUAAUUUUUAGUUUUUCAGAGAAAACAGAACUGUGUCGUACCCAUAAUCUCUUCAAGAGCCUUUUGUGUGACUGAAUAUGCAAACCAUUUUAUUACAUGUGUGGUGUGCAUGCUUGUGUGUAUCUGGAUGUGUGUUUGGGAGAAGCCUGAAGUUGAUGUUGGGAAUCUUCCUCAAUCUCUUUCCACUUUAUUCAGUCAGGCAGGGUCUCAGUAAACCCAGAGCUCACCAGUACAGCUGAUCUGGCAGCCUACUCCAGGGAUUCCCUAACUCCACUCAGCAUGGCAGGCACUUUAGCUACUGAGCCGCUCCCAGCCCUUCAGACCUUUUGUUCCCUCUCUCGUGUUAUCUAAGGGUUGUACACCCACACCUCGGUUCUGUACAUCCAGCUUUCUCCACAGUGUUGUCACUUUUAAAAUACCUUUCUUAAGUGCUUGUUGUUUAGGUAGACCGAGAAUCCCUUCCACUAAAGCCCUGGUUUCUUCUUAUAUGUCACCUUUUCACAUGGUUUCUGUUUACUGUAAAACUCACUAUAACUAGGAAGAGGAAAACAGGUUAAAGUUUACCUGAAAAUUUCAGCUUACUCUUAAGCUUAUCAUGUACAAAUUCUGCUUUGCACGUAACUGUACAACUCAGCUAAGCUUCAGUUUUCCAAUAAUGGCUUCCUCAUUCUCUGAGCCCUCAGCAGCAGGGCCUUCAAUGUCAUCAUUUUCUAAAGACUGCUCAUAACCACGUAGACAUUCUCUGCUGAUUUAUGUUUUCCCUAGCAAGUCUUAACUCCCUUCAGAUCCUCUCCAGCACUAGCCUGUCCUGCUAAUAGUCUGAAUAAGGCAGGCUGGCCCUUCUGUCACUGUCCUCAAAACUGCCUUAGCCUCUGCACUGAGCCUAUAUGUAAUCCAAAGCUGGGAUUGUCCCAGCAGCAGACCCCACUCCCUCCUGGUUGGCUAGAAUGUGCUGUAGGGGACCUAGAGGUCUCUGGUUAUUGCAAGGAAGUGAGCUAGGAUUUGUUUGUUUGUUUUUUGAGACAGGGUCUCACUGUAUAUUCCUGUUUGGUCUGGCAUUCAUUAUGUAGACCAGGCUGGCCUUAAACUCACAAAGAUCUGCCUGCCUCUGCCUCCUGAGUGCUAGGAUUAAAGGCCAGAGUCACCUAAGAGCGAAGAUUUUGAAUACUGGAAGUGUUACUACAAGAUCUCUAUGGAGAAUUUUUCUCAAUCACAUAGAAAAAAAGACUUCAGAAUCUUUUCCCUCACAGUACAUUCCCAGCCCUACUCCUUUUCCCAUGUUAAACACAAUGUGGGUAACAGCUGCAGUUCAAAAGGAUUACCAAAGCCAGCUGUGGGCACACAUGCCCGUUACCACCACUUCAGACCUAAGGAAAGAGCACUGUGACCUAGAGGCCAGCCUGGGCUAUAGUGUAAGACUGCCUUAAAAAAACCAACAAAUAAAAACAGAUAAUCUAGCUUUCUGAUGAACCAGACAGUGACUGGAGGGAUGAAAUCAGCAGAUGGAGCAGGGGUGAGGAUCCAUGGAAAGCCUGGCAGGCAUAGUGGCUUCCUCUAGACUCAGCAUGUGGCAGAGCUCUGCAACACAGGACUAACCAGACUAACUAAACAGGAUAGCUCCAGGUUCAGCAAGAACCCCCCCCCCCCCCCCCCCCCCCCCCCCGCGCACGCGCUUCAAUAAAGAAUGUCAACUUCAGGCCUCUAGGCACACAUAUGGGCUUGCAUACUCAUGUGUGUGUGUGUCCACACAACACAUACACACAAAAAGGACUAGUAAUACCUUAUUCACUGUAAAUAAAAGGGCAUUAACCUGUUUUAAAAACAGGGAAAAAAAAUCCAACCCUUGUAAAAUAAUUUGAAUUUUUCUCUUGGCUUUUUUAUCAGUUGUGUUAAGUACCUACAAAUGCAAAUGCUAAUGACUGCCAUUUUUGUGUAUAAUAGUCUUCCAAAAGACAGAAGUGUGUGUGAGGACAAGAACUGAAUGCCCACACGAUGACAAGUCCUUAUACAGAUACUGCAGUAUAGGCUUUAUUGAGAACCCAUUUAUUUAUACUAUAGUACUGUAACUUUUCAGAUGUAUCAUCACAAAGCAAGACAGCAGAAUGACACCCUCUUAGACAAGUGUCUGCGGACAGUUGUUCCAAAUGAUUAUGUAAUAAAAAAAGUUGGCAGUAUCUGCCUGCUAAUAGUGUUUUCAUUCAAACUUGUUGACCAGGUUUUUAAAAUUAUCCUUGAUGUGCAGUUUGAUUUCAGUGGUUGACUGGGUUACUUUGAACGUGAGUCUUCACAGGAUUUAAUUGCCCCUUGUUUGGGGGCAGAGAAGGGCCUGAGCUAAGACAGUGUUGUCUCCGUUUCCUGUGGUUGUUUCUGUUUUUAUCCUUCCACAUGAACAGAUUCAGGUCCCUCCUGACUGUUUUCCCCCUGUGUAUUUCUGAAAACAUAAAGUUUAUUAUAAUAAGGUACAUUCAGUUUUCCCCUUAAGAGUUUGUAUCCAUGUUGACACGUACAUAUUUGGCUAAUAGUGCUGAAAGCUGAAGAAAUUUUUAUAAAUCUGUAAAAUAUUUAGUGUACUCUAAUUUCAAUUAAAGAGUUUAUAAAAGAAUACAUAUGUAAACGCGUGCGUGUUUUAUAGCCCAGUACAAUGACCUAUGUGGCCUACAGCUAAUAACAUGUAGCUUUGCAGUUUUGCCUAUUAGAGAAUGCAGAGCUGUGACAUGGGGGCCAUGGGGAGAUGGCUCUUUAGACAGUUUGAACUUGAUGACCUCUUUUCCUUAGAUAAAUGCUUACAUAGGAAGCAGAAAGACUCAGAAUCACUUUACUCCACAGCCACCUUAGGAGCUCCCUUGAUGCUGCAGUUGAUUUCAGAGGGGACUCCUGAAAGGGGAGACAUCAGGAAAUCAAGUGAGUCACCACUGGUUGUAUCAUAACACUCCCUGUACUGCAAGACCAAAUAAAUGACCAGUAAUUCAGUACAUGGACAUAAAGACCUUGCACAGAAUUAUCAACACUGUCCUUUCCUGUUGGCAAGUUAAGAUAUUGUAUUCUAAUUUGAAACUCAAAAAGGGACCAGGAGAUUAAAGGUGGGUGUCAGCUACCCCUGUGUUGAACAGUCUCUACCCUCCUUCCUUUCUCCCCUGCAGUUUGCAUUGGCUUGUAGUGUAUCUGAGUAUUGAGCAUUCAGAAAGACAACUAAAUGUCCCUGUAUUUUGUGACUGACUUGGGGUUUGUGCUUUCCUUCUCUACACAGUGUACAUUUGAAUGUGUCUUUCAGAACACUUAUUACAAAAGGUUCAUUGGUGUGGUUUUCAUAUUUAACAUCUUCCUCAUUUUAGUUUUGAUUUUUACCUCUAUGACAAAGUCUUAUUUCCUUGCUAACUUUGCCACUUUUAUUUUAAGAUCAAGAAUAAUAACUCAUUUUUAGUGUUAUAUGACAAUAUAUGUUAAUUAAAAAGUGGCAAAAAAAAAAACAGUACAGAGUUUCAGGAAAUGGUCGACUUGAGCAUCGUAUUGUGAGCAUAGUUGAGAGCAAAUGGAUGACCAGCUUUCAGUAGCCUGAAAUUUUUACUGAAGUUGAACGUUGUAAGAGAAGUAAUUCUUAAAUGUUCAUAUUUUCUGUAGAUUAAUGUUAAGUUCAACAUUCUGUAGCAUGAGGUAUUUUUAUUCAUAUAAUAAAGUUGUAUGCAAAUACAGUGUUUUCAUGUGUUUAUAAAAAUGCAUAAUAACAUUGAGUCUAGGAAUACCCCUUGAAAACAUAGAUAUUUAUAAUUAGAUGGUAGUAUUUGAAAUAUUGUGCAGACAAGUACUAUAUAGCAACUCAAACUGAUCUGAUCUUGUAUUCUUUAAUGUUAAGAUAUAUGCCAUUGAUUUUCAAUAAGGAAUAUAUAUCUUAGAGAUGUGUGGGUUUAUCACUUAUUGAGGGCUUACAGGCAUGUUGUAGUUAAUGUCAUUGUAUUGUAUGGCUUAUCCUGGCCUCAGCUUACUUAAUAAAUACAGUUUCUUCAGUGAA